AUGACUCCAGACCAAAAGGCUCCGUCCCGAGUUACAGACAACGUGGAUUCAAAGGGAGGUUUGACAGUGAAAUUACCUGAAAACAUGAUGUUUGAAGUGGCCACCUACAGGUCCAGGAAGCGCAGCGUCGAGGUCUUGGGGACCCGGAUACCCAGGCAACUCCUGGCUGCCCUUGAGAACACCUCCUGCUCCACUCCAGGACUAUGCCAAUCUGUGGCCAUGCUCCCACCAGCUGGUCACCUCCUGUCCCUGCUGCUGGUGAUAGGCACAGGGGGCAGUGUGCCCAGCCACCCAGCAUCUCCCCAAGGCUGCUACGUGGCAGAGGAGGCUGGGGAGCGGACAUUCCGCUGUAGCCAGGCGGGCCUGAGCGCCGUGCCCACCGGCAUCCCCAACGACACCCGCAAGCUCUACCUGGAUGCCAACCAGCUGGUGACAGUGCCCGCGGGCGCCUUUCAGCACCUUCCUGUCCUGGAGGAGCUGGAUCUGUCCCAUAACAUCCUAGCCCACCUCUCGGGAGCCGCUUUCCAGGGCCUGGCAGGCACGCUGCGCCACCUUGACCUCUCUGCCAACCAGCUGGCCUCGGUGCCCGUGGAAGCCUUCGUGGGGCUGCAGAUCCAAGUGAACCUGUCUGCCAACCCGUGGCGCUGUGACUGUGCCCUCCAGGAGGUGCUCAGGCAGGUGAGGCUGGCACCGGGCACUGGGACGGGCAUCGUAUGUGGCCCAGGAGCCCGACCAGACCUCGUGGGCCAGGAGUUCCUGCCACUGGUGGGGGAGGAAGAGCUGUGUGGGGCGGGGCGGGGUGGGGCCCAGAGGAACACCGACGUGGCCCUCCUGGUCACCAUGGGGGGCUGGCUGGUGCUCGUGGUGGCUUAUCUGGUCCACUACGUGUGGCAGAACCGAGAUGAGAGCCGCCGUCCUCUCAAGCGGGUCCGCAUGCUGCCUGUGCGCUCUGAGGACUCCUCCAUCCUCAGCACAGUGGUCUGA